CAAGCCCCCUUCCUCCCACCCACCCUCUCUUAUUCUCCUGUUCAUGCCAUAUUAUGUGCAGAGGAGCACAGAGAACACAACCCGUGCAUUUCACACGGACAUCCAGAGAAGAAGAGAGACUAGUACAGAGAUGCUACAGUAAACUGAUAAAUUAUAAACAGCCCAGCGUCUUCCUGACUGCAUUUACAGUUCAGAUUUACGCGAGAAAAAAAAAGUUGGCAGAGAGACCCUGCCCUGCCGCGCGACCUUUUUUCGUCUGCUUUUGAAAGUGGAAAGGCACCAAAGCCAUGCUACAGAGAAAGUAAGUUUCCUUUUUGUAUUUUUAAGAUAAUAAACUCCCAAAUGAGCUGAAGUUAUGGCAGCACUAAGGCGUAAAUUUGGAGAGGACUACCAGGUGGUGAACAGAGGCGCGACUUUUCCGAGCGUGCAGGUCAAGAAGAAGCGCCAGCGCUUCGUGGACAAGAACGGACGCUGCAAUGUACAGCACGGGAAUCUCGGCGGAGAGACCAGCCGCUAUUUAUCUGACCUGUUCACUACGCUGGUGGACUUGAAGUGGCGCUGGAACCUUCUCAUUUUCAUCCUCACCUACACCAUCGCCUGGCUGGUCAUGGCCUCAAUGUGGUGGAUAAUCGCGUAUAUAAGAGGGGACUUGAAUCAUGGCCAUGACGCUUCAUACACUCCGUGCGUCGCCAAUGUUUACAACUUCCCGUCGGCGUUCCUCUUUUUCAUUGAAACCGAGGCGACCAUUGGCUACGGUUACCGCUAUAUAACUGAGAAGUGCCCCGAGGGCAUCAUCCUGUUUCUGUUCCAGUCUCUGCUGGGCUCCAUAGUAGACGCGUUUCUCAUCGGCUGUAUGUUCAUUAAGAUGUCCCAGCCGAAGAAGCGCGCGGAGACGCUCAUGUUCAGUCAGGACGCGGUGAUCUCACAACGAGACGGAAAACUCUGCUUAAUGUUCCGCGUGGGCAAUCUGAGGAACAGCCAUAUGGUGUCCGCGCAAAUCAGGUGUAAACUCAUAAAGUCUCGUCAGACCCCGGAGGGCGAGUUCCUGCCGUUGGAUCAGUGUGAACUGGAUGUGGGCUUUGGAACAGGCGCUGACCAACUCUUCCUAGUCUCUCCCCUCACCAUCUGCCACGAAAUCAAUCCCAAGAGCCCUUUUUUCGACCUGUCCCAACGCUCGCUCAUGAAUGAGCAGUUUGAAAUCGUCGUCAUCUUGGAGGGCAUUGUGGAGACAACGGGUAUGACAUGUCAAGCUCGUACCUCGUAUACAGAAGAUGAGGUGUUGUGGGGUCACCGCUUCCUUCCUGUUAUGUCUCUGGAAGAGGGCUUCUUUCGGGUGGACUACUCCCAGUUUCACAGCACCUUUGAGGUUCCCACGCCACCCUACAGCGUGAAAGAAUACGAGGAGAAAUCCUCACUCCCCUCCCCACUGGUCACGCCGCACAGGGAGCGAGUGUUUUCCAUGGACUGCCUGGAAGUAGGUGAGGAUGGGGCCCAUUCCGGAAGCGCUUCUUGCAAGCUGCCAAGCAAACUCCAGAAAAUGAGCUCGUCUGGUAGAGAAGAUCUGCAGAGGAAGGUGCUACGCUUGAGUUCGCAGCCAUCCGAAAAGGCUUCAAGCACGGGAGACCUUCCUCUUAAACUACAGCGCCUCGGCUCCAGUCCAGGGCAGGUUGAUGGAGAGGCACGAUUCCACCUCAAAGCCCUCAAGGUGGGUUUCCAGCCCAUGGCCAUGUCCACGGGGGACCUCCACCAGAGAAGUCUGCCUCCCACCCCAGCAGCCAUCCCCACACACCCCCACGGUCCUCCACACACGCCUGGUGGCCGUCCAGAGGACAACUUGCCUCCCAAAUUAAGGAAGAUGAAUGCAGAUCGCUGACCUAGAAGUGCUUUUAAAACUUUCUCCUAAUCUGAGAGCAGUUUUCCGUGUUUAUGUACAAUGAACACGGACAACUAUGUCCAGAUUAGAGCAAAAUUAUUAUUUUGUUUGGAACUAAAUAAGGACUCCUGUAGAGUAAUGGCAACAUGUCAGAAAUUAACUUUCUGACUGCACACAAUGAAUGAAUAUUUGCAUUGACUUGCACUGCAAAAGUACUAACGUAUUUUUAAUUAGUAUUUUUGACUUCUUUUACAGUAAAGGGUCUAAAAAUCCUUGAAAAACUAAAUAUUUAUUUUAAAAAGUUAAAUGCCUAAAGAUCCUGGAAACAAAAUACACAAGAUAAAAACACUUGAAACAAGAUACAUUUACUUAAAAGAAACACAUAAUAUACUGUAUAUACUAAAAGUUUGGUGUCAGUAAGAUUUCUUGUUUUGUUUUGUUGUUAUAAGAAAUUAAUACUUUUAUUUAGCACUGAUGCAUUAAAUUGAUUAAAAGUGACUAUGAAGACUUUUUUCACAAAAGUAUUCUAUUUCAAAUAAAUGCUGUUCUGGUGAGCUUAUUGAAUCUGAAUCCUUAAAAAAAAAAAAAGUAUUGCGGUAUCCAUUCAAUACCAAUUGUAGUAACAAAUAUUGAGCAGCACAACUUUAUAAUAAUAAUAACUGUUUCUUGAGCAGCAAAUCAGCAUAUUAUAAUGAUUUCUGAAAGAUCAUGUGACACUUAUCACUGAUCAUGUGAGUAAUGGUGCUGAAGAUUCAUCUUUUUCAUAACAGGAAUAAUAUACAUUUCAAACUAAAUUAAAAUAGAAAAAAGUUGUUUUAAAUUGAAAAUUCACAAUAGUACUGUUUUACUGUAUUUUUGUUCAAAUAAACGCACCCUUGGUUAACAAAAAAGCUCCUUUUAAAAACAUAAAAUGUUACUGAUCCCAAACGUUUGGGGGAAAAUACACCUAAAUUAAAGAUACUUUCUUUGAGUAUCUUAUGCAUUGUUGAUUCUCAAAUAAUGUUUGAUCGUUUGAUCGUUUCAAUGAUUUUCUUUAGAUAUUUUAGCUGUAAAAUUAGAAAAGAAAUACUUGUUAAAAAUAGAAUUUUUUGCAGUGUGAGAACUAGGUGGAGGUGCAUAACUAGUAGAAAGCAUGAGAAGUAACAUUUAAUUUGUUUUUGUUGUUUGUCUUUUUCUUUCCUUCUAUCUUUUUUCUUUCUUUCUUUGAGAAAGCACAAAACUCCAACUGGAAGUACUGUGAUUUGAAUUCUUUAGCUGUUUACUGGUUACUAUAUGGUCACCCAGUGUCAGUCACACAUUUAGUAAUAUCACAAAUAUACACAAUUACAAUAUGUGCAUGCCUACUUCUCAUCUCUAGCUGUGUAUCAUACAACUCCUGUUAUCCCUAGUUAAAAUGAAUAAAUUAUAUUCAGCUGCAA